ACAGUUGACACAAUAUAGAUGACAUGAGAAGUAUGUCAGAGUGAAAAAUACGUUCUUCAAGAAAUCAUAAAGAAUUUUACAAUUACAUUUAUAUAAACGAUAUUUUGUUAUCUUAUCUUUAAGUUGUUAUUGGGAUAUUAAUUGCAUAACAACACGUUAUAAGUUUUGGUAUGUGAGUAAUGCGUGUAUUACUUAGGUCGUUAGCUAUAUUUAGGCAGGCAGCGCAGACGAGUAGAGCUGUUCAGUUGAAGAAUACGUUUACAACAGCAUUAGUCUGGAGAGCCAUGGAAGAUAAAGAGGCUUUAAAAAAGCGUUUAACACCACUACAGUACCAUGUUACUCAAGAAGCUGGAACAGAGAGACCUUUUACAGGUUGCUUUAAUAAAUUUUAUGAAGAAGGCCUAUAUGUGUGUGUAGUUUGUAAACAAGACCUAUUUACCUCUAAAACCAAAUUUGAUUCUGGAUGUGGAUGGCCUGCUUUCAAUGAUGUCCUAGCAAAAGAGAAAGUUACUCUACAUCAGGAUACUAGUGCAGUUGGGGCGAAUAUAUUACUGGUUUUAACACGACCAGGUAUGGUGCGAACUGAGGUGCGAUGCUCCAAGUGUUCGGCUCAUCUGGGCCACGUAUUCAAUGAUGGGCCGGCGCCCACCAAGAAACGGUUUUGUAUUAAUUCAGCAGCACUGGACUUCAUACCAGCUGAGGAAAGAAAGGAUUAGUGCAUGACGUAUAAUUGUAUACGAACCAAACAUUUAUAAAAGAAAACUUUUGUUUUUAAAAAAACAUGGUUUGUUUUACAAUUACUACAGCCAUGAAUUUUUUUUUAAGGUAAUAUAGCUAUUUUAAAAUAUGCUUGUCAAUAUUCUCUACAUGUUAUUAUUUGUAUAGAUAAUUUAUAAUUUUAAUACAGUUUUUAUCAUUAAAAUACUGGUCUAAUUGUUUUGAAAUAAGAUAAAAGAAUGACACUUAAUGAUAGUAGUCAGUAUUAUUUAUCGUUUGUUAAGUUUCUAUCUUCGUCAUAAUAUAUUUUUAAAUCAUAGUGUAAAUAAAGUUUCGGUACACAAUAAUAAAACGUUAGUUAAUACGCACAAUAGCAGCUAAAUUCAAGAAACAUUAUUUUGCAUGCUUAGUGUUCAAAUGAGAAGCAUAGAAUAGUAUAAGAAAUUACUUCUUUCGUAUGAAUGAGGAAAUAUUUUGAACUUAAUCCGCUUUUGAAUGAGGAUAUUUAAUACUUUCUUAAUUUUAUUUCUAAAAACGUCCUGGUUUCGCAUCCACGUAUUUUUCAUAGUACAGAGAUAAUUUGUGUAGACACAUUAACACUCGAAAAGACAAAAUGGGUUCCAUAAUUAAAACCUACAUUUUAAAUAGAUUUACCAAACAGGUUUCUCAUAAUGUAAAUGAUACAAAGAAAUAUGACAAUAGUGAUGUUUUACAGUGCUUGAUAAUUUAUAAUCAAUUAAGCCGACUAUCAUAAUAAAAGUUACGCAUACUUUAUAAUUGUGUAUCGAAUCUCUAUGAAAUGUCAUACCAACAAACCUGUUUUGUGAAAUUUUACUUUUUUCUGUGUACUACAGUAAACAUUAAGUUACCAUACAAAGUCAUUUUUUAUUUGUUGAUAUUUUGUUUGCAUUACUUAUAUGUAUUUCCUUUAUUACAUGGAUAGUACAAAAUAAUAAAGAAUGUGUGUAUUUUUUUGUCGCGGCUAUUACUAAAAUAAAUAUUUUUGAAAUUAGU